UCAAGGGAGGAAAAGGGCGUGUGGUGCAGUCCGUGUUUGUAUUCAGAAUCGUCUAGCCGGACGCCUCAAGUCAUACUAUCCUAAGCUUGAUAUAUGAUCUGCCGGGCCCACUUGUUUCCUUCAGAUUCCUUUCCGAUCUCCUUUCCGUACGCGGUGCCGUCAGCUCUAUAACAUUCACAUCGUUCUUUUCUUGCGCGUUUCUUGGCCGCAGUAAAUCGGCUGAGCCGUUGUGAUAACCAUAUUCUCGGGAAUAAACUAAUUCGACGCUUACUACCGACCCAACCAAUCCGCCGUCGUGACACCGAGAAGGGUCAACAGCGCUGUCGAUCACGACAGCUGCCGCUACGGAAAUGGGGAUAGAACACGCCAACGACCCAUCGCUCGAGCGGCAUACGCAAGCAGCAGCGGUAUCAGAUGCAUCAACGACUUUUGAUGAGAAACCUAGUCACCAGGCGUCUCUGGAUUCACUGCACAGCGCGAACACCUCUGUGGCGAAUCAGGGUCAAGAGAAGGGUCAACACGUGACUGAAGCUACGGAUGAAGAACGCGCUGCAGGCUUAGGAACGACGCUGGAGCCUGUUCGAUCGGUGCAUCCCAGCGUGAAGGAUGUCUCCAAGAUCCCAAAUGGAGGCUUAUGGGCGUGGUUACAGGUACUGGGUGGAUUUUUUCUGUUAUUCAAUUCUUGGGGCAUCAUCAACACAUUCGGAUCGUAUCAAGCCUACUAUGAGACCAACCUACUUGCCGACUCGAGCCCUUCGUCUAUAUCGUGGAUCGGUUCCAUCCAGGCUUUCCUCCUUCUCUUGGUCGGCGCACUCACUGGCCCAAUCUAUGACGCAGGAUAUUUUCGCGAACUACUCAUCGUGGGAAGUGUCAUGUUGGUUCUGGGCCAAAUGAUGCUCAGCCUUUGUCAUACGUACUGGCAAGUACUCCUCGCGCAGGCCUUCUGCAUAGGUAUCGGGACAGGCUGUUUGUUCAUCCCCAGUGUGGCUAUCCUCUCCACGUACUUCUCCACCAGGAUCGGAACAGCUAUUGGACUCGCCGCAUCUGGAUCGUCGUUUGGAGGUGUUAUCUAUCCCAUCGUAUUCCAUAAGCUUCUCCCCCAGAUUGGAUUUGCAUGGACGACGAGGGUUUUGGGCUUCAUCAUCCUCGCCACCAUGAUCAUACCGAAUGUAUGCAUGCGAGUCCGCGUCCUACCAGCAAAAUCACGCUCGCUUCUCGAUCUUCGCGCCUUCUUAAUCCCAGCGUAUAGUCUUCAAGUUGCUGGAUUCUUUCUCGGGUUCAUGGGACUGUAUAUGCCAUUCUUCUACGCACAAGUCUACGCCAUCCAGGAACAUAUUACCAACGAGAGUCUGGCCUUUUACCUCCUCGCUGUCAUGAACAGUACGAGUGUUUUUGGUCGUAUAGUACCCAACUUGUUCUCUGACAAAGUCGGUCCCUUCAACGUCGUAAUUCCUUGCACUAUCAUAUCGGGCCUCCUCUGUAUAUGCUUCAUAUCCGUCUCAUCCACUGCCGGCAUAAUUGUCCUUAUGGCAUGUUACGGCUUCUUCUCCGGAUCUUUCGUUUCGCUACCACCCACCAUCAUUGUUCACUUGAGCACCGACGCACGAGACAAGAUCGGCACGAGACUAGGCCAAAGUUUUGGAGUCGUGGCUGUGGGCCUGCUUGUUGGAACGCCGAUUGGAGGCGCAAUCCAAGGCCAUAGCGGUUUCGAUAGUCUCUGGGUGUUUGGAGGGUGUUUACUGUUUGGAAGCGCUGUGCUGCUUGUCACCGCGCGGGUAGCGUUCAAAGGGUGGAAGCUUUUGGUCAAGGCGUGAGGCAUAUAAACGGGGAAGAAUAUAUCAUCAAAACAAAGUACACAAUCUAUACAUUAAAAGAGAUAUACCCGAUUGCAGAUAUUCGGCAUAAAAAGGAAAUCUAU